AUGUCGUUGCACGACCUCAUCCCUGUGGUCAACAAGCUUCAGGACAUUGCGACCACCACGCAAUUGGCCGAGAUCGACUUGCCGAUUUUGGCCGUCGUGGGCUCCCAGUCUUGUGGAAAGCUGUCGGUCCUAGAAAACAUUGUAAGCAAGGACUUUCUCCCUAGAGGAACCGGCAUUGUGACCCGGAGGCCCUUGGUGUUGCAGUUGAUCAACAUCAAGAAAGAUGACCCUUUGGUGCGUAGCUACAACCCGGCCGACUUGCACGAUGACACCUCAUACUCCCUGUCCUCGGACGAAAUCAACUUGGAGGCCCACCUCAGAAAUCUGACCCAGGGGGCGGGCAACGCGUACCAGAAAGACGAGCCCUCCGAGUGGGGCGAGUUCUUGCAUAUUCCAAACAAGCGCUUCUACAACUUCCACGCCAUCAGACGCGAGAUCGAAAAUGAGACCGCCCGCAUUGCGGGUCAGAACAAAGGCAUCUCCCGCUUGCCCAUCAACUUGAAGAUCUACUCGGACCGUGUGUUGAACUUGACCUUGGUCGACUUGCCGGGACUCACCAAGAUCCCCAUUGGCGACCAGCCCAGCGACAUCGAGAAACAGACACGCAGCUUGAUUUUGGAGUACGUGUCCAAGCCCAACUGCAUCAUCUUGGCCGUGUCUCCUGCAAACGUGGACUUGGUCAACUCGGAAUCCUUGAAGUUGGCCAGGCAGGUUGAUCCGACGGGCAAGCGCACGGUGGGAAUCUUGUCGAAGAUCGACUUGAUGGACCAGGGCACGAACGCGCUCGAUAUCUUGAAGGGAAACGUCUACCCCUUGAAACUCGGGUUUAUCGGUGUAGUGAACCGCUCGCAGCAAGACAUCCAGGAGAACAAGUCCUUGGACGACUCCUUGUACUCCGAGCAGCUGUUUUUCAGCAACCACCCCGCAUACCGUGCCAUUGCCAACAAGUGUGGAACGCGCUACUUGACCAUCACCUUGAACAAGAUCUUGAUGAACCACAUUCGGGACCGCUUGCCGGACAUCAAGGCCAAGUUGAACACAUUGAUGGGCCAAGCCGAGCAGGAGUUGGCCUCAUAUGGGGACUUGCCCUCGUUGGCCGAGACCAAGGAGGGAAGGUCCGCUCUCCUCUUGAACUUGAUGACGAAAUUCGCCAACGGCUUUGUGAACUCCGUGGAGGGUACGUCUUUGAACGACUACUCCAUCAAAGAGUUAUGCGGUGGUGCUAGGAUCUACUACAUUUUUAACGAAGUGUUUGGUGCCCUGUUGGCAUGCAUCAACCCAACACACAACUUGGCCGUCAAAGAUAUCAGAACUGCCAUCAGAAACUCAUCGGGACCGAGACCAUCGCUCUUCGUGCCUGAGUUGGCGUUUGACUUGUUGGUCAAGCCCCAGAUCAGAUUGUUGGAGGAACCCUCGCGCAGAUGUGUUGAGAUGGUCUACGAGGAGCUUAUGAAAAUCGUCCAUAAUGUAUGCACCGCAGGCAAUGGGCUGGAUAUGAACAGAUACCCAAAGCUACAAGCCAAGCUCAUUGAGGUGGUGUCGGACUUGUUGAGAGAGAGGCUUGGCCCUACCAUCAAGUACGUGGAAUCCAUGAUCGAGAUUCAGCAAGCUUACAUUAACACCAACCACCCAAACUUCGUUGGCGCUGCCGAGGCGAUGGGGUCUGUUGUUCAAGAAAGACACAAGCAGAGAGAGAUGGAACAAUCCUCGAAGCUCAAGCUUGCCACCCAGCGGAUCUUGAAGAAACCAAGCGAGGAAGAAGAAAUCCCCGAGGAGGAAGUCUACGAGGACGAAAAGGCUGCAGAGCUAGAUGUGAGCCAAGUCGACGACGACGUCAAGCCUGUGGUCCGUCACAAGAGAAGUGACUCCAACAAAACAAGCUUGUCGAUGAAGUCAGACUCCACGCACCACGCCAACCACGAAUCCUACCUUAACUAUUUUUUCGGAAGGGACCCAAUCAUCCACCAGCAACACAUGCAGACUCAGGCACAGUUGCAUCCAACCCCAUUCAAGUUCCCACAGGCGCACGAGCCAACAUUGCAAUUCAAUAACAACUUUAUUAACAACGGCACAAUCCACGAUUUGAAAGACUUGCAUAUCGAUGAUCGUUAUGCGCAAACACGCCAUAACGUCGAAGGCGAGGAAGACAAUCUCUCCGAAUUGAGUGAAAGAGAGCAGUUGGAGACAGAGUUGAUCAGAAGAUUGAUUGUGUCGUACUUCGGGAUCGUGAGAGAGAUUGUUCAGGACCAAGUGCCCAAGUCUAUCAUGUGUUUGUUGGUGAACUAUAUCAAGGUGCACAUCCAAAACCGUCUCGUGGUCAAGCUUUACAACGAAAAUUAUUUCGACGAGUUGCUUCAGGAGGAUGAGACCAUCCAGAUGGAAAGAGAGAAGUGUUUAUCCUUGUUGAAGACUUACCGCGAGGCAUCCAGGGUGAUUAGUGACGUGGUAUGA